AUGCCCAAGCGCACCACCCACAGCUACAGCAGCGAGGAUGCUCCUGCUGAUGGCGAAAAGAAGCUGUUUGUUUACUACUGCAGCGCGUGUGGUGCCCACGUGCUCAUCACAGAUGUCCUCUUGUCCCGAUUACCAAGGCGGAAGACAGACAACGCUUUUGUACUCGAUCGUGGCCGCUACCUCAACAAGUUGAAUGUUUCCCAAGCUGGCAAACAGCUCUUAAAACGGGGGGAGAGCAUGGUGGAGCGUCAGUUCCGCAUGAGCUGUCCUGGCUGCGAGCUGCUGGUGUGCUACCGCGCAGAGGAGGACCCUGCCACCGCCAAGUACCUGUACAUCCUGGACAAGGCGCUCAACCAGGGCGCAGCGGAGGCCAACCCCAAGGACGCCCCUGUGCCCCCGUGCAUCCGGCAAGUGGACGGGAACCGGGUGCAGAUUGCAGUGGAGGUGGAAGACAGAGCCGCCCGGCCGGCAGUAACUCGAGUGAACGCCGAUGACGUCCGAGUGGCCGUGACCGCUCCCAACGUUGGGGGCGUGGCAAACACUGAGCUGCUCGAGUUCAUGGGACUGGUGCUGGGCUUGCGGCUUACUCAGAUCGAGCUUCAACGAGGCUGGAGCGUGAAGUCCAAGUUGCUUAUGGUGGACGAUCUGACCCCACGGGAAGUGUACGAGAAACUCGUUUCGGCCAUAACGUGA